UGCGCCUGCGCCUCAUUACUAAUUAUUUCAAAAUUCUUAACUUGCAACAAACUUUUAUCGGACAGUGCUUGUCGAAACUGACAAAAUGGCUCCCGGUGUUAUACAAAAUUCUGAAACGGUUAUCAAUAAUACUUUGGAAGUGAUUACGAAUGAUGAAGAUCUUAUUGCUGGUUUGACGAAUGAGGUCAAGACGUGUCCCAUCGACCAUCUCGCUUUGGCCGAAGUCAAUAAUGUUAACGAUCAAGAGUUGGAAGAGGAUGAAGUUAAAGUUCAAAUCCUGAAGCUUGAUAAGAAGCAACCCCGUCAAGUUAUUAGACCAAAAGUAUUGAAAAAUCAUGAGUCCAGUGAAUAUUUAUAUGAUAGACUCUAUGGUACAACGUGUCCUAGAGUGCCAACGCUAUGCAACGAGAAGGCAUGUCUGGGCAGUUUGAUGGCGAUCCCUGGACGCGGGGACGUGCCGAGGAGUUCGGAGGAAGUUCUCAAUGAUGCCAAGGAUUUUCUCGGUCAAUACUUUGCGUCUAUACGAAGGGCUAACACUGUUGCCCAUGAGGCUCGCUGGAAGACCGUUCAAGAGGAAGUAGCAAAGACAGGCACCUAUCAGCUGACUACAACGGAAUUAGUAUUUGGAGCCAAAUUAGCUUGGAGAAACGCUAGCCGGUGUAUUGGCAGAAUACAGUGGUCCAAAUUACAAGUUUUCGAUUGCCGUCAAGUGACAACUACUAGUGGAAUGUUUGAAGCUCUUUGCAAUCAUAUAAAGUACAGCACCAAUAAAGGAAAUAUCAGGUCGGCAAUUACCGUCUUUCCUCAGCGCACAGAUGGAAAACACGACUAUAGGAUAUGGAACAGUCAAUUGAUCAGCUAUGCUGGAUACAAACAGCCUGAUGGAACUGUUUUGGGUGAUCCAAUGCAUUGCGAGUUUACUGAGCUUUGCUUAAAACUGGGAUGGAAACCUCCACAUACUGCAUGGGACAUACUUCCUCUUGUCCUGUCUGCGAAUGGAAAAGAUCCUGACUACUUCGAGAUUCCAAGAGAACUCGUCAUGGAAAUUCACAUGACGCAUCCUACGCAAGACUGGUUCGAAGAGCUCCAACUCCGCUGGUAUGCCUUACCGGCUGUGUCUAGCAUGCGCUUUGACUGUGGAGGCAUCGAGUUUACUGCAAACGCAUUCAACGGCUGGUACAUGAGCACCGAAAUUGGAUGUAGAAAUUUUUGUGACACUAACCGACUGAAUAUGUUGGAGAAAGUUGCUCAGAAGAUGGGCUUGGACACCAGAACUCCAGUUACCUUAUGGAAGGACAAAGCGCUGGUGGAAGUAAACGUGGCUGUUCUUCAUAGCUUCCAGCAGCAUAAUGCGACGAUUGUCGACCAUCACACCGCUUCUGAAAGUUUUAUCAAGCACUUGGACAAUGAAAACAGGCUUCGGUCCGGCUGUCCAGCGGACUGGAUAUGGAUCGUGCCACCGAUGUCCUCAUCCAUCACUCCGGUAUUUCAUCAAGAGAUGGCGCUCUACUACUUACGACCUGCUUAUGAAUAUCAGGAACCGGCGUGGAAGACUCAUCAAUGGCAGAAGUCAAAGCCGAUCACAGGCAAGAGGCCCAUAAAUAGAAAGUUCCACUUCAAACAGAUUGCGCGCGCAGUGAAAUUCACAUCCAAACUCUUUGGUCGAGCGCUCUCUAAGAGGAUUAAAGCAACCGUUCUGUAUGCUACCGAGACUGGAAAGUCUGAGCAGUAUGCGAAGGAAUUAGGAGUCAUAUUUGGACAUGCUUUUAACGCCCAGGUUCAUUGCAUGAUUGAUUACGACAUCACCUCUAUAGAGCAUGAAGCGCUUUUACUGGUAGUGACGUCCACUUUCGGAAACGGCGAUCCACCAGAAAAUGGCGUUGCUUUUGGAGAACAUCUUUGUGAGCUGAUUUAUGCGGAUCAAGUUGGUGAAGAAAGUACAGGAGCCUCUCAAAUGCUGACGCCGAAAUCGUUCAUCAAAGCAAAUAGUCAAAUCGAACUUCAAAGAUAUGCCGCUAGUAAUCCAAAGCAGCUCAGUCGGCUCGAGUCUUUGAAAGGAAGCGCAACUGAUGCGACAUCAAUAGAUAACUUCGGUCCAUUGAGCAACGUCCGUUUCGCUGUAUUCGCUCUCGGCUCCAGUGCCUACCCAAACUUCUGCAACUUUGGGAAAUAUAUCGACCGUCUGCUUGGUGACUUGGGCGGUGAAAGGAUCCACGAUGUCGCCACGGGAGAUGAAAUGUGUGGUCAAGAUCAAGCGUUUAGAAAAUGGGCAUCCAGCGUCUUCAACGUUGCAUGCGAAACUUUCUGUUUGGAUGAUGAUGAAACCUUACAAGAAGCUAAACGAGCUCUAGGAACAGUCGCUCUGAGUGAGGAAACAGUACGAUUUUCUCUUCCUACCUGUAAGCCACCAGUUCUUUUGAACGCUUUACAAACAGCGGUCAAUAGACAGUUAGUGACAUGCGUUGUCAAGGCUAACAAAGAUUUGGGUGAUUUGAGUGCUGAGCGAUCCACCAUAUUCAUUGAUAUGGAACCUAAGGGUGAAAUUAAUUACGAUCCCGGUGACCAUGUUGGUAUAAUGGCGUGUAAUCGUAAAGAAUUAGUUGAUAGCUUGUUAGCUCGUUUGAAGGACAUUGAUAAUUACGAUGAGCCGUUGCAAUUGCAACUUAUGAAAGAGACCCAUACAUCAAGCGGUCCGGUGAAAUCUUGGGAGCCUCAUGAAAAACUACCAGUUGUUAGUGUACGUGAUUUGUUCACAAGAUUUUUGGACAUAACAACUCCACCAACAACUAUUCUUUUGCAAUAUUUGGCCAAAACUUGCGACAAUGAAGACGAAAAGAAACUUCUGAAUACACUCGCCACGGACCCGGCAGCAUACGAAGAUUGGCGCCAUUACAAUUUUCCAACUCUACCAGAAGUUUUGGAUCAAUUUAAAUCCGCAAAACCUUGUGCAUCUUUACUUGCCGCAAUCCUCUCGCCCUUGCAGCCGAGAUUUUAUUCAAUUUCAUCAUCACCAAUUGCUCACCCGAAACGAUUACACCUUACUGUCGCAGUCGUUACAUACAGAACUCAAGAUGGCGAAGGUCCUGUCCACUAUGGUGUUUGCUCAAAUUAUCUUAUGGAUCGUAAGGCUGGGGAUGAAGUUUAUCUAUUCAUUCGAAGUGCCCCAAAUUUUCAUCUACCGCAUGACUUGUCCGUGCCUCUUAUUUUGAUAGGCCCAGGAACAGGUAUUGCACCAUUUAGAGGAUUUUGGCAUCAUCGCAAGGCGUUACAAAACACUCGUUCUCGGUCUAACAUUGGCCCCGUUUGGUUGUUCUUUGGUUGUCGAACACAAACAAUGGACUUGUAUCGAGAAGAAAAAGAACAGGCUCUUAAAGAAGGCGUACUCUCGAAAGUAUUUCUAGCUCUAUCGAGAGAGAAAAAUAUUCCGAAGAUGUAUGUUCAAGAGUUAGCUGAGCAAGAAGGGGCUGAAAUUCAUGAUUUAUUAAUCAACAGAGGAGCACACUUUUAUGUAUGCGGUGAUUGCAAAAUGGCUGAAGACGUACACCAAAAAUUAAAAGGUAUCAUAAAGAAGCAUGGAAGUAUGACUGAUGAGCAAGUGCAAAACUUUAUGUUCCUCUUGAAGGAGGAAAAUCGUUAUCAUGAGGACAUUUUCGGUAUCACACUUCGCACGGCUGAAGUCCACAACGCUUCCCGCGAAUCUGCUCGCCGGAACAGAGUCGCGGCGCAGCCAUGACGUCGGUCUUCACGUUUUCACACCACUAACCAUAUACCAAACAAGCUUAAUCUUACCAAUAAAUAAAUCAUUUACACUAUAUAAAAAUUUUUUAUCAACAAAUAUAACAUUAUUAUGAUCGCUUCAUAUAGCGCCUUUAAUAUUUUCAAUAAAUAUAUCUCCAUCUGACUUAUUAUUGGUCUUUGAUGGUCCAGCUUUUGCUAGUUAGGCGAUUAACAUUAAAGUUAUACAAUUCUAUGGAUUAGUACAUUAAAGAGCAGCUAUUGAGUAAUUUUCCAUUCCUAUUUCUAUUAGUUAUUUAAUUAAGUCAAUUAAAGCACCUCAAGUACUUAUGACUGAGUGAUUUGAUUUUAGGCUGGCAUUUACAGAGGUUGUGUAUGUUAACUGUUUUAUUGUACAUACCUUGAAAAUAAAUAUUUUAAAUAUUAUUAUAUUCGACAUUUAAAAACAUAAAUAUAAUUUAUUAAUUAUUAUUCAGUCCUAAGUUUAGAAUAUAAAAACGCAGGGUUGGAAUGUUUUACGCACAAGAACCUCUUUAUUUGGCACCUCUUUAAAGCUUCAAAUUUAUCAUAAUAAAUUAACAUUUAACUAAUAAAUUCGAAAAAAAGAUCUUUUGAAAUAAUAAUACAUAAUAUGAAUUUAUUAAUCCAUACUCUUUAGGGUGUAAUUUUAAUAUAUUAGAUAUUAAUAAUUAAUUAAUAACCCUUUUUGAAUCGUUUUCAUUGUUCAUUGUAAUUUUCACAUGUACAUUAAUAUGCAUUUAGUUAACUAACUUAAAUAAAUUUCUUCAUAUUUUUAUAUUAUUUUAUAUUUUGUGUAGUUAGAACAAACGACGAGAAUUUAUUUUUAAUAUUUGCAAUUGCCAAAAUUUGUACAAAAUAUUUUAUAGUUAGAUUAUUUUACGCUUUGUAAAUAAAUUGUUUUAUUUAACAAUAACCUCUAAAAAUUCAAAUAAAUCAUUAUCAUACAAAAUUAUAAUUAUUUUUCAAGGAAACGCAAUACACUUAGCCAAAUGUUUUAAUGAUAUAUCC